AUGGAAUCUCUCAUUCAAAAUGAAUUGAUGCUCAAAAGUGGCGAUAUAGUACCGACGUCACAGGCACUUGCUGGUAAAAAGAUCAUUGGUCUCUACUUUAGUGGUCAUUACUGUCCGCCAUGUCGCAAGUUUACUCCAUUGUUAGACAUGGUCUAUACGAAUAUUAAGGCCGCUGGUCAUGAAGAUUUGGAAAUUAUCUUUGUCUCAUCGGACAAGGACGAGAUGAAAUUCAUUGAGUAUUAUAACGAAAUGCCAUGGAUUGCUUUACCAUAUGCACGUCGUGAUCUGAAGCUUGAGCUUUGUGAAAAAUUUGGUGUCAAGACGGUACCCACUCUUAUUUUUUUCAAUGAAAAGGGUCAAAUUGUGGAACGUGAGGGCCGCUACUUUAUCACGGAUCACUCGAAUGAUACGGAUACUAUCCUUGCCCACCUCCGUCAGGAGAAGAAGGAGUAG